UCAGACAUAUUUUCCGGAGCCAUAUUCAUCCAGCUGGCCUUGGGAUUGGAUCUUUACCUGGCAAUCUUCAUUCUCUUGGCCAUCACUGCUAUUUACACAGUCACUGGGGGCUUGGCCUCAGUGAUUUACACAGAUACCCUCCAGACCUUCAUCAUGCUGACUGGCUCUUUUAUUCUCAUGGGUUUUGCAUUUGCUGAAGUUGGAGGUUACGAGAGUUUUACAGAGAAGUACAUGAAUGCCAUCCCGUCCAUAGUUGAAGGGGACAACUUGACAAUUGACGCCAGGUGCUAUACUCCUCAAGCAGAUUCCUUCCACAUUUUCCGAAAUCCUGUCACUGGAGACAUUCCAUGGCCAGGAAUUAUAUUUGGAAUGCCUAUUACAGCUUUGUGGUACUGGUGCACAAACCAGGUUAUUGUCCAGCGCUGCCUAUGCGGCAAGGACAUGUCUCACGUGAAAGCCGCCUGCAUCAUAUGUGGGUACUUGAAGCUGCUGCCUAUGUUCUUCAUGGUGAUGCCAGGAAUGAUCAGUCGCAUUCUGUACACAGAUAAAGUGGCCUGUGUCAUACCUUCAGAAUGUGUGAAACAGUGUGGUGUUGAAGUUGGUUGCACUAACUAUGCCUACCCAACAAUGGUGCUGGAACUGAUGCCUCAAGGACUACGAGGCCUGAUGCUGUCAGUCAUGUUGGCCUCUCUUAUGAGUUCCCUGACCUCCAUCUUCAACAGCGCCAGCACCCUCUUCACCAUAGAUCUCUACACCAAGAUGCGGAAGCAGGCAUCGGAGAAAGAGCUUCUGAUAGCUGGACGACUAUUUGUUCUUCUAUUGACUGUCACUGGUAUCAUGUGGGUCCCACUGGUACAGGUAUCUCAAAGUGGACAACUAAUUCAUUACACAGAAUCAAUUUCUAGUUAUCUUGGGCCUCCAAUUGCAGCUGUCUUCCUGCUUGCUAUCAUCUGUAAAAGAGUCAAUGAACAGGGAGCGUUCUGGGGUCUAAUCAUUGGACUUGUGAUGGGCCUUAUUCGAAUAAUUGCAGAGUUUGUCUAUGGAACAGGGAGUUGCUUGGCUGCCAGUGACUGUCCCAAGAUUAUCUGUGGAGUACACUACCUGUACUUUGCCAUCAUUCUCUUUUUUGGGUCCAUACUGGCCAUCCUGGGAAUUUCCCUCUUAACCAAACCCAUUCCUGAUGUACAUCUGUAUCGCCUGUGCUGGUCUCUUCGGAACAGUACAGAGGAACGUAUUGAUUUAGAUGCAGAAGAGAAAAGUCGAGAAGAAACUGCUGAUGGUGUUAAAGAAGAUUAUCCUGAGCAAUCUCGUGGAUGUCUCAAGAAGACUUAUGACUUAUUCUGCGGUUUGCAGACAACAGAACCCAAGCUGACCAAGGAGGAGGAGGAAGCCCUGAAGAAGAAGUUGACAGACACCUCUGAGAGGCCCUUAUGGAGGACUAUAGUGAACAUCAAUGCCAUCCUCCUCCUGGUCGUGGUGGUCUUUGUUCACGGCUAUUAUGCCUGAACUCUAUCUGAGCCACUAGACUAAUUAAUAAUU